AUGGCCGUUGUUAAUCCGGAGACGUUGACUGUCCACGGGACCAAAAAUUUGAAGGUACGUGCUCAAAUAUUCUUUGGAAAGCUAGUUCUGGAGCAGGUUGUUGACGCAAGUAUUAUGCCGUCAGUUGUGAGUGGAAAUCUGAAUGCCCCUGUGAUAAUGAUGGCAGAACGAGCAGCUGAUAUUGUUCAAGGGAAGCAUUUGCCCCCAGAAACAGUGCCGAUUUAUAGUCAUAGUUCUAAAUAG